AGGUGUGUCCAGUGUUGUGCAGCGGCAAACAAUUUGGCCACACACACACCUGUCAUGGACGGGUGUAGCACUAAGGAGCUGCCAGCAUAUAAGUACGGAGGCUCCACACCAGCAUUUGGCAGCACAGGGGCAGCAAACACACCCGUGUCCAGUAUGGAUGGAGGCAAGGGUGUCGCAGCAGUAGGUGGAAGUGGAGUGGAGGAGAUCGUGGAGACUGGCAGUGCGGCACCCAUAGGAGGAGGCCGGAAGAAGAAGAAGAAACAUAAGAGUGGAGAAGAGUCGUCCACCUCUGCCAAGUCGGCUGUGGUGGAUGAGGAGCUGGCGGACACUGUUCUGCCAAUGCUCUCUGACAACCAAGAUGUUGAGGAGCUACUGUUCCCCUCCACACUGCCACCUUCAGGAGGCACGCUGGUGGCUGGCCAGUACCUGCUCAACAACUCCCUGCUGGACCAGAUACUCACUGAGAAGAAGAUGCAAAUCUUGCAGUCUCCAGAGGUCAUUGAAUUCUUGAGGAAACAACUGGCUAAGAAGUGAAUCUGGCCCUGCAAGGAAUACAUUUACUAACAGAUGUCCAACAGACACCUCCCAGCUCAGGUCACAGACCGGCACAGUACCCUGGGUCUCACACUGCUCAUGGAGGGCCAGGAGGUAAUGUGGGUAUUCUGGACAGCCACUGCAGGAGUUGGUUUGGAAUUGACAUGCUGAUGAACUCUUAAAACACACAUGCCAGUUGGUAAUGCUGGAACCUGAUUAUUAGUCUGUGAAGUGUACCACCACUGUUGCAUUGCUGGUCUAGUAAAACAGCAGGACUUGACUGGAAACUCUUGAAAUAUACAUGUAAGUGCCUAAGUGGUGUGUUUGUAGUACAUAAACUAUGGCUAAUAAUCAGUGAAAUGAGCACCACUACUUAUCUGGUAAUCCUUUGCUCUUGUGGACUGCAACACGUGCCAUAUUAACUCUGAGGGGAAAGUGGUGAAUUAGGUGAUAUUAGCCGUGUUCUUGUUAAGUUCAUCUGGUUUUCCUUGACAGUGACAUGGUUGAGUCACACAACCUGUAUUUAAGUAUUGAUAGAAAAGGUGAUAGAGGCAAGGAGUGUGCACUUGAAGGAAGGACUGAAUAGAUAUUGACAGAAGAGGGAGAGUUAUCUAUCUGCCUUGAAAGUGUUCUUGUAAAUGUCUUGAACUAUGUCUAAUUUAAUUAAAAAGUUGUAUUAGUGAACUAAGAACAGCAUACAAUACAUUCUAAAGUCAGAUAUUAAGAACCAUCAUCUAAUAGUAAUAAAAUGAUUGCUGUGACUUAACUUAGUACUAAUAAGGGAGACAAAACUAGAUUGUUUGUUAAAAUUUCAUUAGUUUGAUUUACAACACAUCUUUGUCUCUUUCCCUCUCUCACUCUCUUCAGUUUCCUUCUGCCUCUGCCUCAGUGUUGAGGAAAGCAGAUCCUCACUGUGAACUGAAGACAACCUUGCACUCAUCCAUUCGUGACUUUUAAGUAAAUGUGUUUGGCACAUUUCACUUCCCUGUACAAAUUUACCAAUGAAAGUAAUUAGACUUAAGUAUUUGUAACUAUUAAGACACACCUCAUCAGCACGGAACAAGUGUGAUGUCUGAUUGUUUUGAUUUUUCUCAGGGGAAGAAAUCUGAUUCAUAAGAUGGAAUGAUAGUUUGUUAUUUUAUCAAUUUUUUCUUUUUUAUGAGUUGGAUGAAGACAAUUAAUUACUGAUAUCCUUCAUCACAUCCCUUUUGUAGAGAAAAGAUUAGAUUCAACUAAAUGAAUUAGAGGCUGUUACCUCAUCAUUUCAUUAUAUAGAAUGGGAAUACUUACCACAAAAAGUUAAAAAAUUAUCAAGAACAUAUCACUUAUUUCAUUCCCUUGUGUUUGGAUCUAAUGAGACAUCACAUUAUUAGUUCUGUGGGUACAAAUAGGCACUUAUCUUCAUUUAUAUGUUCUGCUAUACAUUAACAAGGCACUGGAACAUGCCACUGCUGCCUACACUCAUUUCACCCAUAGCAGAAGCUACACACCAUGGCCAGCAUUCUGAAAUACUCUGCUCUCUCACCACAACUCUUUUCCAAGGUGAGAUGAUUAGCUGGGCUCUUAAGUGUUUCUCCUGUUCAAAGUGGAAAUCUUGUUCAUAUCUCACCAAAACCAUAAAAAAACUUGAAAACCUGUUUGUCUUUAACUGAGGGUUUUAAAUAUAGUGGAGAUGAGGUGCAGAGGUGUUUCAGAAUUAUGACCCAAGACAAUGUAAGGCUCUGAUUGUCGUUACUUGAAAAUUGUACACUGGCGUAAACAAAUGUGCCAGAUUGUUGCACUUAGUAUGGAGACUAUUGUACACUGGCAUAAACAAUGAAUAAUUAUUAAAACUGCUAUGCUUUAUGUAUUUGGAAAAGCUUCUGUAUAUUGGGUGAUAAAUAGGUAAUCAUUAGUAUGUCGUACCUAGGGUAAACAUUGCUGUACACUGUAUGGACUGAGCACCAUCACAUGUAUGCAUUGUAUUACAGGUGCUAUGGAACAUUAAAUAUGGGAAAAUAUAUGUAAGAAAGACUAUAUUAAAAGGCACAUUGUAGAGCCAGUGCAUGGGUGUGUUGAUGCUUAAAUGAGAAAAAACAAACUGGUGUGUGUGUGAUGAAAACAGGUUUGGUUUGUGCCAUAGUUCAUCGAAACAAUUCAACUUCCAACACAUAUUCAGAUAUAUUUUUAUAAGUGCUAUUAAGUUUAAGACACACACACACACACACACACACACACACACACACACACACACACACACACACACACACCUGUACAUACUUGUGCUGUGACUGUAAAUGCAAACCGAGAUUACCUUAAACUAGUGACAUAAAUUAGUUACAAUGUUCCGUUAAGGUGACUCAUCCCAGGACAGGUGGAGAGUUGCCCGUCACCUCCACUUAUUACAGGUUGUGUUGGCAAAGGUGAGGCGGAGACACACUGAUACUUGACACACAAUGACACUUUGAGGCAGAGUAUAGAAAACAAGUAAAAUGAUAAAAAACAAGGGCAUAUAUAUUAAUCUGUGCUUUGAAACUAAAUAUAGAGAACUAGUCAAAUAUGGGAGGUAUAAAUUAAUAUGUGCAUUCAGACAAAGUAAAGAAAAUAUAAAGAAUUAUGUUUAUGUGACCAUUUUAAAUACUCAAGUUCAUCAGUAAUUUCUAGUUAUUAUUGGUGAUCACAGGACUUGCCAGGGCUUAUAUUGUGAGCACCAAGGCUAGACAGGACAGGGUAUUAAUGCCUCAGUGUCCCAAACUUAACUAAAUGGCAGUCCAAUUAUAUUAACUGAUAAUUAUAAGUUAUUAUGUCCAAUGUAUAAAUUUUUCUUCUGGUCAGUCAGUCAUGUUUAACAACCACCACUGCUUUACAACCUUGAAUGAUUUUUUACUGAUCAUGUAAAUAAAAUAAACACUGAAUUCUAUAUAACUUGGCCUAUACUUCAUGUUUCUCUCUGUUGGUUAAACUUCAACAUGUACUUACUUUAUUUAACUGGGAGACAACAGGAAACAAAAAUGAAAAGAACAUGACAAGGUAUCUUAGAAGUGACCUCCACAUUACAACACCCAUCCACCUUUGCCUAAGAUUAAGUGUGAACAGCUUAGUCCUAAGUGAUAGACUCUACAAGCAUCAUUAACAACCAAGACAAGACAAGGCACUAAGGUUCCAGGAACUGCCGAGAACACUGGGAGUCAUCAUCAUCGUCAGCACAUCACAGACACAUGCCAGUGAGGUGCCCCACGUAAAACUAACGGUUAACCCUUUGAUUGCUAGUGACAGAUGUAAUUUACCCAAACACAGGAAUUUUAACUAAUAAAAAAUCAAACUACAAUUUACAAAACAUCACUAGUUAUCUAAUGAAACUUUUUGUUGCAAGUGUUACUAAAGUCUGAUCUAGAUUUACACAAAACCACACAUUUCAAAGUGACAAAUUGCAGCCAUCAAAGGGUUAAGAUUUCUAGGUUAAUACUGGCAUAUAAUAAACACUACACUAUGUUUCGAAGACACAUUGCAUUUGUGACUACAGCAUGAGGGGGAAGGAGUGGCACCUUGACCCCCUCAGUGAACACAUUAAAGCUUCUAGUGUAGAGAGCACAACGGCCCUGCAAGAUGUGCCUCCCUCAGUGGAAGCACCAUGGCGCCCUCACCCACACACUGUGGCUUCUGUGGCUCAGGUAUUGUUGUUGCCGUCACAGAAGACUGACAAGAGCACCAUUUUGCCAACGAUUUGUGCACAUCAUAAAAAUUCUUAUAAAUGUCUUAUAAAAAUAGUGUUAACAGAUUAGUGAACGAUUAUGUUAGGCAACCUUGCGAUAAAACCAAUACAUAUUUUAAAAACCUGAUCUGUACUUAUUGAUAACAUUAAUUAAUAUAAAAUCUACCAUUAAUUUCAACGUGUUAUGUUCUGAGGCACUAGUGACGGACUCAAUAUUUGUUAGUGGAAGGUGAAGGAAAGGCAUCAUUAACCCUUCACUUCCCAAACACAAGCCAAGGCAUCUGGAGGUGUCACAUAAGUACAGACUCUAAAACUGCCUUGUCUUUACACUUUCAGUUAAAUGCAAGGCUUCCCUGAUAAUGUCACUACCAAACAAGAGGUAGUGACAAAUCUAGCUUGUUACCUUUGUCCAUUGCAAAACUGCAUUUUUCUAAGCAUUUUUUACAAGUGACUAAUAUAUUUUCUUACUGAUGUGAGUGCAAUAAAAUGUGUGUGUAUCAUGUGUGUUUUCAAUCUGCCCUCUGUUUAGCAGCAUCCAGCUUUUCCCUCAUCACUGCCUUUUAUUCUAUUGCUAAACUGUACAUUUUUCUAAGCAUUUUGAUGUGACUAAUAUAUUUUUCUUAAACAUGAUUGUGUGUAAUAAAAGCUGUUUGUGUGUGCAAUGUGUGUUUUGAACC